GCGGCGGGGCCGGGGAUGCAGCUCCCGGCGGGGCCGGGCGCCCUGGCCGCCCCCCUGCUCUCCAUCCCCGUGGCCUUCGGCAUCACCGGCGCCACCGCCCUGGCGGACAACCCCCCACUGCUGGUGCUGACGGUGACCCUGGUGCUCCUUGGCCUCUUCUCCAUCAUCCUCCUCGUCAGCGGCGUGAGCCACUUCCAGGACCCCCUGUUCUGUGUGUUCGUGGUGUUCUCCUUCGUCUCUGGCGUCGACCUCAUCAUCGCCCUGGAGGAUGGGUUCAUCUCUGGCUUCAUGGAGGUCUAUGUCAGAGAGGGCGAGCCCUACCUGCGCACGGCCCACGGGAUCAUGAUCUGUUACUGGGAUGGCGUCGUCCACUACGGGCUCUACCUCACCAUGGUCAUGGCCAUCGGCCACAGGAAGAACUACAGGAACCUGGGGCUCUUCUGGCUGGGCUCGCUGCUGAUGAGUGUCGUGGUUUUCCUGCUGGGGAACAUGAUCGGGAAAUACAGCUCCGAGCUCAGCCCCUCCUUCCUGCUCAACCUGCCCUACAUCCUCCUCCUCCUCUGGGCCGGGGCGAGGCUGUUCCAGCAGCCCAGGGAGCCGCUGCCCCUCAGCCCCGAGAAGGUGGCGGAGGAGCAGCGCAAACCCCUGUACCGGCGGCCCCAGGACGCGGCCCUGGUGCUGGUGCUGCUGCUCAUGGCCUCGUUCACCUUCUUCAGGGGGAUGGUGGUUCUGGACUGUCCUGCUGACUCGUGCUUCGAGUACAUCUACCAGCACGAGCCGUACCUGCGCGACCCCGUCGCCUACCCCAAAGUGCAGAUGCUGAUCUACAUGUUCUACGCCCUCCCCUUCUUCCUGCUCUGCAUCUACGGGCUGGUGCUGCCCGGCUGCUCCUGGCUGCCCGACUGGAGCCUGGUGUUUGCCGGGGCCGUGGCACAGGCUCAGUUCUCCCACCUGGGCUCGUCGCUGCACGCCCGGCCCCCCUUCCCCUACCAGACCCCCGACGACGUCCUGUGGAGCUUCCUCCUGUCCAACAUCCUCUACGCGCUGGGCCCGCAGCUCCUGGUGCUCCGCUGCCUGCGCUGCCCCGCCUUCUUCCAGCCCCCCGCUCCUGCCGGCCUGCUCCGGGCAAAGAACACCAGUGACGGGGCCUGCCCGGCCCGGGGGGCUGCUCUGCCCACCCUGGGGGCUGCUGUGCCCACUCUGGGGAUUGCUGUGCCCACCCUGGGCGCUGCUCUCCCCACCCUGGGGGCUGAUCUGCCCACCCCGGGGGGCUGCUGUUUCCAGCCUGGCAGCUGCUGUCCUCAC